CAGUGGUGAGUGGAGAUGUCGGGAAACCAGUACCUUUGUCGCUGCUUCAUCCUCUGCUUCUUCCUCGUCGCGCUGCUCGCCGUCUCCUUCUACUUCACCUACCGCCCCAUCGCCCCUCGCUACUACGUCGCCGCCUUCGUCCUCAACUCCUCCGCCGCCUCCUUCGGGCUCUCUGUCGACAACCAGAACAAGAAGCUCGGGAUCUACCACGACGAUCUCGCCCUCGCCCUCUCCUUCCCUUCCGUUUCCCCCAAUUUCUCCUCCUCCGCCGUCGUCCCGGGCUUCUACCAGGGCCACAAGAAGACCGCCACUAAGACUGGCUCCUUCGCCGGAGGACGCGGGUGGGCGCCUCCCGCCAACCGCUCGGAGGUGCUACGGGUGGAUCUGCGGACGGAGGUCCGGUUCCAGGCGAUGGCCUGGCGGACCCGGCGCCGCGCGGUCAGCGUCGGAGCGGCGGUCGAGGUCGGUGCGAACGGUACGAUGACCGCGGAGGACUGGAUCCGACUACGGUCCGGUGCUCCGCGAGCCGGCUUCCGCCGCGGGGGUACUGGCGGGGCUCCGCUUUCCUGGUCGAUCUUGGCCGUUGCUUUUUGCGGAUUCGCUGUUAUCGUUUUCUGAUUCGGAUUCGACGGUCUCGAUUUGACAACUAGUUUUUUAUAUUAAUAUUGCUGCCUUAAUGCUCUGUAAAUUUUAUUGUAUCAUCUUUGAGAGAUGAAAAUUUUUAAAUAUGCAUAAAACAUAUUAACGAGUUAAAUCGAGUUAA